UCUUAAAAAGCCUCACAAAGCAAAAGUCUCUCUCUCUCUCUCUCAUGGAAUCCAUCACUUGGUGAUGCUUUCACUCUCUCCGGCGACGAUAAACUCAUCGCCGAACAAAUGAGUUAUGUUUCUUCCUUAUCAACUUCGUUCUGUGAGUUUCUUCCUCCGCAACUUUUUUUUCCGGCGGCCGGAGAAUUUAAUCGGCGUUAUCACGUUUACUGAACCGCCUCGUGAUUCUGUUUUAUCUUCGUUUUUCUUUCUGGUUCUCUCUAUCUAACGAUUUUUUAACUGUUUCGCUUACAUUACCUUUUUCCGAUCGGAUUGUUGAUCCGUUAUCACCGUCAGAUUCAUCAUCACCGGCGACGUUGAAAGUUAGUUCAUCUUGUUUCAACUCAAAUUUAACUAACUUCAAUAAUAAAUAUUAAUAAAAUAAGAAUAGGAAGAAAAUUAAAGAGUUCAGUUGAAUUGAAGAUAAAGCAUUAUGUUAGAUCUUAAUCUAUAUGAUGCGAACUCGGCCGAUUCCCCUCAGAACGCCGACUCGCCGAUGAUUUCGGAGAAGUUUCAUCAAACUUCAUGGAAUCAAAUGAUGGAAUCAGGAACAUCGAAUUCCUCCAUCGUCAAUGCGGAAGCGGACGCGGACGGUUCAAGCAACAACGCAGGUGAGGAGGACUCGUGCUCCACGCGCGUGAAUGACGUGUUCACCAUCAGUUUCGAUAUUCUUAAAAUGGAAGGUUCAAACGACGUCGUAACGAAAGAGUUUUUCCCUGUGACUGGAGGAGGUGAAGGUUUGUCUAAUAAUUGGAAGUUGCAAACUACGUCGUCGUUUCCGAUUAGGAAUGGUUCGAUUGAUCUAUCGUUUGAUCAGAAAGAAGAGAUGAAGUUUGUUCAACCUCCACAACAAGCUAAAAAGAGUAGGAGGGGACCAAGGUCUCGAAGCUCGCAAUACAGAGGAGUCACGUUUUACAGAAGGACUGGAAGAUGGGAAUCGCAUAUCUGGGAUUGCGGGAAACAAGUUUAUUUAGGUGGAUUUGACACAGCUCACGCUGCUGCUAGAGCCUAUGAUCGAGCUGCUAUUAAGUUCAGAGGAGUUGGUGCUGACAUAAAUUUCAAUCUGAAUGAUUAUGAUGAUGAUCUUAAACAGACGAAGAAUUUAUCGAAAGAGGAGUUUGUGCAUAUACUUCGUCGUCAAAGUACUGGUUUCUCAAGAGGAAGUUCAAAAUACAGAGGAGUAACACUUCACAAGUGUGGCCGUUGGGAAGCUCGAAUGGGACAAUACCUUGGCAAAAAGUAUAUAUAUCUUGGGUUAUUCGACAGCGAAGUAGAAGCUGCAAGGGCUUAUGACAAAGCAGCUAUCCAAAGCAAUGGAAUGGAAGCAGUGACUAAUUUUGAGCCCAGCACAUACGAAGGAGAGAUGAAAUCUGCAGCCAUAAAUGAUGGCAGCAGUCCAAAUCUUGAUCUCAAUUUGGGCAUAGCCAAACCAGCACCGGGUCCCAAAGAAAAUUGGGGGAAACUUCACUUCCCCUCUGUCUCUUACACAAGUUCAAGGAUGGAAACGAAUGUUUCAGGAAUCAGUAAUUCAUCUUUAAAAAGGCUAUUAGUAACUGAAGAGCAUCGUUCUUUUCGGAAUGACAUGUAUCCCGGUUUCUUUCCCAAUGAGGAAAGAGCAGAUGGUAUCAACAAAGAUCCUUUAAAAGGACUCCCCAUUUGGGCGUGGCAAACUAAUGGCCAGGUCACUACUACCCCAGUGGCACGGGUCUCUGCAGCAGCAUCAUCAGGAUUCUCAAUUUCAGCUCCCUUUCCAUCUACUCCAUUAUUUCCACCAAGAUCUAUGAACUCAAUUCCCCUGAGUCUCUAUUUUACAUCGCCCAAUGCACCUAACAGCAACACAUCUCAAUAAUAUUAUCAUGUUAUGUCCAUGCAAGCACCACCCUACCCUAUCAUGUACCACAGAUGGAAAGCAAACCAUAAAAUGUGUUUGCGUUUAAAAUUCUUUGUAUGAUUCAGUGGCCGAUUGAUGUAUAGUGAAACUUGACCACUGAAUAUCGCCUCUUGCUUAAACCGUUAUGCUAUUUUUCUAAUGCAUUAGUAUUACAAUAGUGCCGAUUUCUUAAAAUUAGGAUGUUUUUGCUGUUUACAUUCAUGAGAUUUACCAGUUAAUUUCCCCUGUUUGAACAUUGAUGAUAUUAUUAUUUGGCCACCAA